AUGUCGUCUCAAUUUCUACAGACGGAGCUGGCCAAUCUCAUUCACCUGGUCCGAAAACCUACAUUUGUGGAGCCAUUCACCAUUGCAUGUCAUACUCGCCAUGCGAAACUCGCAGGCAUCGGUGUGAUAUGCCUGCAAAGAUUAAUUGCAUCCAGGGCCCUUCCUUCUCAUCGCCUGAAGGACGUCCUUGCUGGCUUGCGCGAGACGACAAAUCUAAGUCUUGAUAUCCAAUUGAAGAUCUUGCAAUCUUUGCCCUCAUUACUGCAAUUCUACUCAGAUGAGCUGAGUGGUAGUCUACUCGCGAAUACUCUAGAGAUCUGCGCAACCUUGCAAGCCAGCAAAACCAUUGCUGUUAGCAGCACAGCGGCAGCCACACUCCAACAACUGGUGGUGUCGACUUUUGAGAGAGUGGCGAAUGAAGACAAGCUUCCCAGCGAUGCCAAGUCCACUAGUACUGUUAAAGUGGAUGGUCGGUUUGUACAAGUAGGCCAAUUCGCUUUUGAUGCGCUACAGGUCCUGGGUGAUCUUUGCCGCCUCGUCGACGGAGAGCAGCUACAGUUUCUCUCCACAAGAACUCUGGCCCGUCCAUUUGUCUUGGAACUCAUAGAAAGCAUUAUACUGAACAGUGGCCGCCUCUUCGUGGACCAUCCCGAAUUAUCACAAGUCUUAAGAACUCGCUUGAUUCCUUUAUCAAUACGCUGCCUGUCAGAAAGAAACUCUUUUUCCCAGACAGUUCGAGUCGCAAGAAUCUUGCUUCUGCUCUUGAAGCGUCACAUGUCUCUUUUAACCACAGAAUGUGAAAUGAGCCUGAUGGAACAGCGCCCUGGAAACGUGUCUUGUGUAUGGAGUUGUUCCGGGGUCUAUUUGCUGAGCCGGGGAGUUGUACGUCAGAUCUACUCGCUCUACGACGCACAAGAAGGCCGGAAGAACAUUCUUCGCGAUUACAUGGGCUCACUUGUCAAACUCGCUUCUGAGAAGCCCUCGUUGAUUGGUAUGAGUAACCAGUCAACCAUCCCGACCCGCGCGGAACACUCGCGAACUUUGACGGAUGAGCAACUGGCCCUUGAGGCUGGCGGUGUGGUUGGUGUCAUCGGCUCCUCUGUCCCACCAUCCGAAAUUAAGGUCCCAGGCAUUAGUAGCCAGUGGAGUGUGGGACUCGCCAAGUUUAUUCUUCCUCUGACAGUUCCAGAUAUAAAGUCGAAACGUAGGAACCGGUUAGGGAAUUCUGAGGGUCUCGAUUCUGCUCGUCCCUCCCAAGACGUCCAGUCUGCAGAUGCAGCGCGAGUGCAAGCAAUAUCUUCCUCGGCAAAGUCACCUGUUCCUAUCAAUCCUCUUGAACUCAAAUCGCACAUCCAGUACUCUGCGAUCGAGUCAUGCGCUGGCAUUAUCGAAAAUUGCUGGCAUGCUGUUCUUGCCACAUGUUCUACUUUCUUGCAUGCUUCUCUCGAUGACGAAUUUUAUCAUAACCUCGUCCGAUCAUUCCAAAAACUCGCUCAUACAGCGGGCCUUCUUAGACUCACUGUUCCCCGGGAUGCAUUCCUGACGACCCUUGGAAAGGCAGCCAUGCCAAUCGAUAUGAGUACAUCUGCGUCUGGGCCAUCCGCAAAUCUCCAGGGUAACGAGACCCCUCAAAAGAAACGCAAGAGCUCGGAUUUACCCCGCACCAAUUCAAUGCCAGUUGAUGGUUCAAGUUCACCGGUCUCUGAGGCGCCUAACGUAUCGUUGAGUACGAGGAAUCUGCUCUGUCUACGAGCCUUGAUUAACUUGGGUAUCGCACUGGGCCCCAUCUUAGACCAGCCGGCCUGGUCUAUUUUGCUCGAAACGUUGCAAUAUACUGGGCUGGUGAUUGGCGUAUCAUCCAGUUCAAUAAUCAAGUCAGCCAACGCGUAUGCAGAAAACCCGGCCUCUUACGGGAAUGAUGUCCCAAUGGCCAACAUGGGCACAGAAGUCAUCGCCGUACAAGCCGCCUCCAGUAAAAUGUUUGAGAGCACGAGCGACUAUCCUAUCGACUGCUUUAAGGGUAUAUUGCUAGCAUUGCUGAAUCUUUCGUCAUUCACUUCGCCAGAUUAUCAGCACGAACCCCCCGAUGUAUCUGAUACUCCUCGCUCCCCUCAGUCAUUUCGAAGACCCGGCCAUUUGCACCAGAAUGCGCGGAGGGUUUCAAGUACAGUGGGCAAGUCAAGAGUACAGGAUGAAGAGCUCAAAUUUGUCCUUUCUAAGGGUAAUGAGCUAGCAAACGCCAAUCUCUCGAGGCUGUCGUCUUUGGAAGAGGCGGAUAACGAGGCUUGGGGACUUCUAACUCGAAGUUUGAUUGGAGUAUCUGCAAAUACUACAAUCAGCCCCAACCUCAGAUUACAAGCUAGUAGUAUCCUGAACUCUUUGGUUUUCUUGACGAUGAAACCAAGAGAGGGCGACAGCGAAGAGAUGCAGAAUAAGGUUCAAACAAGAAACUUGCAAACUCUGAAAGACCAAGUUGUUUCUAUCUACUCGUCAGAUCAAAUCUCGUCCAUGUCCCUCCCAACAACAGUGGUUGAGAUACAUGAGCAAAGUUUGGAAUGUCUUCAAAAUAUUCUAGAGCAAUAUGCGGAAACGUUCAAAGAUGGAUGGGCUCUUUCCUUUGACCUGAUCUCUGGAGUUUUCCCAGGGAUUGCGAAGGCUGAAGCAGGAGACAAACUCACUACUCCUACCGAGCGUAGAAGCUCUGGACUUCCGGCUGGGCCACGACUCGUUCGAGCAGCGUAUAAGUCGCUACAUCUUGUGACCUCUGAUUUCUUGUCUCUCCUCCCGGCGCCGUGUCUCUUGAGCCUGGUGAACUCCUUUUCAAGCUUUGCUUCCCAGAUUCAGGACUUCAACAUUUCACUCACCACAACCUCGUUCUUCUGGACCGUCUCUGAUUUUCUUCAGGGUCAGAUAGAGAGGUUUUCGAUUGAGAGUCACGUUGAUGCUUCAGUUAGUGAAGAGCAUCUGAGCCAACUCGCUUGUGAUCAAGAUUUGUCCGUUUCUAGGAAUUCCCUUUGGUUGCUACUGCUUCUGCGCAGCGUUGAUAUUGCAACAGACCCUCGAUCUGAAAUUCGAAACAGUGCGAUUCAAACAUUGCUCAGAAUCUUCGAUGCAUAUGGGCAGCAACUUUCUCCUAAGGCAUGGCGACUGUGCUUGAAUCGAGUAUUGUUCCUCAUGGUUGAAAGGAUCGAUAAAGCUGUUCAAACCCCGAUGAGCAGUGGCGGUGACCCCAAAGCAUGGAUUGAGACGGCUGUUGUUACGAUCAAGGGAGUAUCUAAUCUGAUCAACAAUUUCUUCGACGCUAUCGUCAGCGAUGACGAUUUUGAUCAGUCCUGGGCUCGAUUUCUCAAACAUCUCCAACACUUUGUAGGCCUGCAUGUGCUGGAAUACAGCGAGGCCACCUUUUCGAGCUUGUCGGCCAUUCUUGCUCUGGUGCAGAUCCCUACUAGCCUCAGCAAGGGUGCACGCCAAUGUUCUUGGGACUUGUGGGCAAAUGGUCUCCCGACUCCCAGUGAGUCGCAGCUUGACCUUGAGAAGCCGAACCAGGACGCUGCAUUGGCCUACCUAAAAUCGUUCCAGCAGAUCUAUCGCCUGUACAAAGACCACUUGGCUGCAGAGGAUAUCGAAAGGGUUCUUCAACAUCUACGCCUCCUGGUAUGGAACUCCGUGUCGCCGCCCUAUUCUUCAGACCUUGAUCGUCCGUCUCCUGUACAAGCUUUGGUUCUUGAUUGUAUUCGAAGUCUUUGCCUAGAGAACGAAGCAUCCCAGGCAUCCAUUAUCCUAUGUCUAGCAGAUUUAUCUGCCUCAGCCCUCACUCGAUGGGGCCCCGGAUAUGACUCGAGAAAGCCGGCCUUCGUUGCUUUCUCUAAAGACACUACUGAUCUCAUCAGCUGGUACAUUGGCGAGAUUGGCAUCAAGCAAGAUCUCUUCACCGAUGGUACUCUCACAACAGUGCUUGAUCGCCUUGGUGUCCCCAUGGCUGAAAAAUACACCUGGAAAGGAAAGGACCGGGAGCCAUACAUUUGGCAGAAAUCUACGACUGCAUCCUUGGAUCUACUACAAGCAGCAGUUCCCUUCGGUGAGAAGCAGUACAGCAAUGCCAAAGAUUCGGAGAUUGCGAGAUUCUGGCAAUGCGUUGUUGAUAUUACCCACAGCAUUGUCUCUGCCCAUGGUUUCCAAACCCAGCAACUGUCUAAUACUCGAAUUCUUGCCGAUGAAGCUUUUGACAUCACAGCCUUCAAUCGUCUAAAGGCACUGAUACUCCCAUCGCUCGGGGCGUCUGUGAUCCCAGCUUCGAUCCGUCGCGAUUUUGCAUGUGCACUGUUCCACUCCUCGUUCAUAUAUCCACUCCAAAGGCUCGAUCUUCCAAAUGUCCCAAUUGAGCAAGAUCCUCUACAUGACUUCUACAAGAUCCGACCCGGUCGUACUUUUGACCCGCCUCCAACUCUUCGACCGCGGAUGGCCUACGCUGCUGUUGACACAUUAGUCCAGCUCGCAGCUACUACAGGCCCGGAUACUUCUUCUCCCGAAAACUGGGCUGCUCUGGCGCAGUCUGUUUCUCCAUACCUUCUACUCCGCUGCUCCAUAUCACUGAAAAGCUUUAUCGCCGAUCAACCUCUCCGUGGCUUAAUGCCCCAGCCAACUUUAGCACGCAAGUCGUUGCUUCACCUUCUCACUCAUAUGGUCGAGCUCAAGAGCGAUCCGUCGGCAAUACCGGAUCCUCCUAUCGUUAGAACCAUGGUUUCAACUACGAGCUCAAGCAAUGCUUCGUCUCAUUAUCGAAAGCACCUAGAAUGGUUGUAUCCGAUUGCUGUCAAAGCGAUCCAGAUCGCGGGUAAGGAACAUGACGAUGGGCUAGUCCUCCAAGCUCUAGGGAAGGUGAUGGAUAGUAUCGGCGGCUCCCGGUGA